AUGUCCAUGAUACUGGAAUUGCUAGCAGAGGCAUUUGAACAUGCUAAAAUUCCAAAUUCAUUUUAUGAAGCCAAAAAAGUGAUUAGCAAGCUUGGUCUUCAUUACACCAAAAUUGAUGCUUGCCCGAAUGAUUGUAUGUUGUAUGUUGGAGAAGACAAAGAUAAAGAUUCUUGUACGAAACGUAAGACAUCAAGAUGGAAGCCAAAAAAGAGAAAUACAAUUGGUGACGAUGUUGUUGUUAAUAAGCGAAAGAAGAUUCCUGCAAAGGUGUUAAGGUAUUUUCCUUUAAAGCCUCGAUUACAGAGGAUGUUUUUGUCAUCUAAAAUAGUUGAGCAUAUGAGAUGGCAUGCAUCAGAAAGUACGGAUGAAGGCAUGUUAAGACAUCCAAGAGAUUCUGACGCAUGGAAGAAAUUUGACUUGAUGCACCCUCAAUUUGCCUUAGACCCUCGAAACGUGAGACUCGGUUUAGCUACUGAUGGGUUCAAUCCAUAUGGGAACUUGAGCACCAAUCACAGUAUUUGGCCAGUUGUUCUCAUACCAUACAACCUUCCUCCUUGGAUGUGUAUGAAACAAAGUUCAUUCAUUUUGUCCAUGAUCAUUCCUGGAAAGCGAGCACCGGGAAAUGAUAUUGAUGUUUACUUACAACCAUUAAUAGAAGAUUUGAAGGAGUUGUGGAACACUGGAAUUAAAACUUUUGAUUCAUAUGGAAAUGAAGUAUUUGAUAUGCGUGCAGCCAUAUUGUGGACUAUUAGUGACUUUCCAGGACUUGGAACCUUAUUUGGAUGGAACACACAUACAGGAUUGGCAUGUCUGAGAUGUAAUUUUGACACUACUCCUAAGAAGCUUGUCAAAGGUGGGAAAUUUUGUUUUAUAAGUCAUCGUCGGUGGUUAGAUGGAAGACAUAAGUUCAGAUUGGCUCAUAGCAGGUUUGAUGGAACUAUUGAAAAUAGAAGCCAACCAAUGGCAAUCUCAGGACAUGAUAUCCUACAACAACUUGGGAAUGUUCACGUUGAAUUUGGGAAAGAACCUAUAGUUGAAGAAAGGUCAAAAAGACAACGCAGAGUUGAUCAUCCUAAGGUAGAUACUCUACAAUGGCGAAAGAAGAGUAUAUUUUUUGGCCUUCCUUAUUGGGUAGAUAACUUAUUGCACCACAAUCUGGAUGUUAUGCACAUUGAAAAAAAUGUUUGUGACAAUAUAUUGUUUACAUUGUUGAUUGAUAGUACAAAUAAUAAAUGCAAAGACAAUCUAAAGGCAAGAAAGGACUUACAACUUUGGGGUAUUAGACCAGAUCUGUGGCCUGAUGAGAAUGGUAGAUAUCUUCCUAGUAUAUAUACAUUGUCAAAUGUAAAUAAGGAUAUAUUUCUAAAAACUUUGAAGAAUAUAACUGUACCUGAUGGUUACUCAAGUAACAUCAGUAGAUGUGUUGAUGUCAAACAACGUAAGAUUGGAGGACUAAAAAGUCAUGACUCACAUGUGUUGAUGGAGCAAAUUCUUCCUUUGGCAAUAAGAAAGACACUCCCUAAAGAAGUGUCCUCUAUUUUGAUUGAUCUAUGCUCUUUUUUUAAACAAUUAUGUAAUAAAGUUUUGAAGAUAGAUCAACUUGUCCAAUUACAAGAUAGAGUUGUCCUCACAUUAUGUCACAUGGAGAUGUUAUUCCCUCCUUCUUUUUUCACAGUGAUGGUUCAUUUGAUUGUGCAUUUAGUAGAAGAUGCCAAGCGUGGAGGACCUGUCCAAUAUCGAUGGAUGUAUCCUAUUGAGAGGUACUUAGGAAAAUUGAAGUCUUAUGUGCGUAAUAAGGCACAAGCUGAAGGCUCAAUAGCUGAAGGGUACUUGGCUGAAGAGUGCUUAACUUUUUGUUCUAGAUACUUAGAUGGAAUUGAGACUGUGUUCAAUAGAUUGCGUCGUGUUGAUGAUGAACCGAGUAUUGGCUCUUGUAUUGUAAGCACUUUAUUCCCAUCGAUCGGAAAAGCAGUUGGAGGUUUCACUUAUUUCACUUUAUCUGAAAAGGAAAAGUUACAGGCACAUCGUCAUAUCUUAACAAACAGUGCCAUAGUUGAUCCAUUUCUUCAGUAA